UGGCACGGUACGGGCGCGCGUGGCGGGAGCAGCGGCGCUUCUCCCUGUCCACCCUGCGCAACUUCGGCCUGGGCAAGAAGUCCCUGGAGCAGUGGGUGACCGAGGAGGCCUCGUACCUCUGUGCCGCCUUCGAUGACCAGGCCGCGUCCCCUUCUAGGAAGACCCUUUAGCCCCGACGACCUCCUGAAUAAAGCUGUGAGCAACGUGAUCGCCUCCCUGACCUUCGGGCGCCGCUUCGAGUACAAGGACUCGCGCUUCCUCAAGCUCUUGGACCUCACGGAGGAGGGAGUGAAGGAGGAGUCAGGCUUCCUCCGCCAGGUGCUGGAAGCGAUCCCCGUGCUCCUGCACAUCCCUGGGGUGGCUGCCAAGGUCUUUCCUGGGCAGGGAGCCUUCAUGGCCCAGCUGGAUGAGCUGCUUGCUGAGCACAGGAUGACCCGGGACCCGACCCAGCCUCCCCGAGACCUGACUGACGCCUUCCAGGACGAGGUAGAAAAGGCCAAGGGGAACCCGGAGAGCAGCUUCAAUGAUGAUAACCUGCGCCUGGUGGUGGCUGAUCUUUUCUCUGCUGGGAUGGUGACCACCUCAACCACCUUGGCCUGGGCCCUCCUGCUCAUGAUCCUGCACCCGGAUGUGCAGCGCCGUGUCCAACAGGAGAUCGAUGAGGUGAUAGGGCAGGCGCGGCGACCAGAGAUGGGGGACCAGGCCUGCAUGCCCUUCACCAUGGCCGUGGUCCAUGAGGUUCAGCGCUUUGGGGACAUCAUCCCACUGGGCGUGGCCCACAUGACAUCCCGUGACAUUGAAGUGCAGGGCUUCCUCAUUCCCAAGGGGACCACGCUCAUCACCAACCUGUCAUCGGUGCUGAAGGAUGAGACCAUCUGGAAGAAGCCCUUCCGCUUCCACCCCGAGCACUUCCUGGAUGCCCAGGGCCGCUUCGUCAAGCAGGAGGCCUUCAUGCCCUUCUCAGCAGGCCGCCGCUCGUGCCUCGGGGAGCCCCUGGCCCGCAUGGAGCUCUUCCUCUUCUUCACCUGCCUCCUGCAGCGCUUCAGCUUCUCGGUGCCCGCUGGGCAGCCCCGCCCCAGCGACCAUGGUGUGUUUGGCUUCCUGGUGACCCCGUCCCCCUACCAGCUCUGUGCUGAACCCCGCUAGAGGGGGUACCAAGCCUCCAACCCACUCCUCGUGCAUGUGCUGAUGUCCAAUAAACCAUUUUGAUGGCUCCAACC